AUGGCAACUAACGGUGGAAUUGACGAUAAUGAAUGGCAGAAAUUGCCAUGUGAUCAGAAAGUUCAACAUAAAGCAUGGAAAGCUCGUAUGACUGGUUAUGAAGAAUGUGUCACAUUAUUUCGUACACAAAACUCCGAUCAAAGUCCAGAAUUUAUGAAAUAUGUUAGUUUAAUGAAAAAAUUUGUUAUUGAUUCAAAUGAAAAUGCUCGUGAAAAAGCAUUAGAUGCUGUAUUUGCUUUUGUUGAAGAAGCAAAUAUAGCUGCAAAAACAGUAAAUGAAGUUUCAUCAGGAAUAAUUACAAAAUGUUUAAAUGCACGUUCGAAAAUGAAAGAACGAGCAUUUGAUAUUAUAUUAAUGUAUAUUGAAAUUGAAAAACAAGUAGAAAUUACAGAAGAACUUGUUAAAGGUCUUGAAAAUAAACAACCUAAAAUUGUUCAAGCUUGUCUUGAAUUGCUUCGAAAAGGAUUAUCUGAAUUUGGUUCAAAAGUUCUUCCAAUAAAACCAUUUCUCAAACAAGUUAUUCCAUUACUCGAUGAUCGAGAUAAAACUGUACGUGAUGAAUCAAAAUUAUUGAUUGUUGAAAUUUAUAAAUGGAUUGGCAAACAAACAUUAAUGCCAAUGAUACAAAAUGUUAAACCAAUCCAAAUGCAAGAGUUACAAACUGAAUUUGACAAAUUAGAUUUAAAUGGUAUUGAUAAACCUCGACAAACACGUUUUCUUCGUUCACAACAAGAGCUUAAACAAAAAAUGGAAGAAACAAAUAUCCCUUCAUCUGUUAUUAUCGAAGAUCCAAAUCUUGAUAUGCAAGAAGAUUUAGAUCCAUUCGAAAUGUUAGAACCAGUCAAUAUUCUUGAAAGAUUAUCAAAAGAAUUUUAUGAGAAAAUUGAAUCCAAACAAUGGAAAGAUCGAAAAGAAGUUCUCGAUGAUCUAUUAACAUUACUUACUCAAAAUCCAAAACUAACAUCAGAUACUGAUUAUUCAGAACUUGUAAAAAUAUUAAAAAAGAUUAUUGCAAAAGAUAGUAAUAUACCUGUCGUUCUUGUUGCUGCGAAAUGUUUGACAGCAUUAGCAAAAGGUUUAAGAAAAUCAUUUAAAAAUUAUGCUAUAAGUGUAAUUGAAGUUUGCCUAGAUAGAUGUCGAGAGAAGAAAACAAAUGUUAUUGAAGUAUUACGAGAAACAUGUGACGCUACAUAUCCUGGAACUAACCUCGAACAAUUUUCGGAAGUAGCUGUAACAUUACUGACACAUAAAACUCCAAUUGUUCGUCAAUGUACACAACAAUUUCUUACAAAAUGUUUUGCUAUGGCUACACAAAAUACAUUACCAAAGAAAAUAUUAAAAAUAUAUUUAUCAGGAUUAAUUAAAAAUACAACAGAAGCAGAUGCAUCUGUACGUGAUAGUGCAUUUGAAAGUCUUGGUAUGUUAUGGAAAUGUCUUGGUGAAAAACAUGUUUUUCCUAAUUUAACUGAUUUGGAUGAUCUUAAAUUAAUUAAAAUAAAAGAAUAUGCAGAAAAAUCAGUUUUACUUAAUCUUCGAGGUGAACCACGUUCGAAUGCACCUAUAAUUGUAUCACCUACUCCAGCAGUAACAAAAAAACCUACAAGUAUUGAAAUUCCUAUUAUUAAAUCAGUACCUCCAAAACCAGCACCUGUAAUAAAAAAGAAACCAGCAGUAGUAGUAAUAGCAGCCGCACCACCAGCAGCAGCAGCGGUGCCAGCAGCUAAACCUUCUAUACCAACAAAUGAAUCAAUUGAAGAAAAGAAAAAGGAAUCACGACCACCAAAAAGUUCUGCACCAGUUCGUAUUGCUCCUUCUCGAAGUAAACAAACACUUGUAAAUACAUCUUUAUCCAAUCCAAAAAUUAAUUCAGCAAAAAUUCGACCAAAUACUGCACCUAUAUCAAAAUCAGCAACUAUAUCCUCUACUCAAUCACGUAAUCAACGCUUAGUACCAAUUCUUUUACCUCCAUCAACAAAAAUUCGACCUAAACCACCAUUAUCAAUAAAUCGACGUUCAUCAAUUGAUUUAACAGCAUCAAAUUUACAACGUCAAUCAACAUCAACUGGUGGUUCAACAUCAUCAUUAAGUAGUACAAAUACUCAAUCAUCAAUACCGUGUACACGUUUACAAACACCAACAUCUUCUACAACAAUAUCAAUACUUCGAUCAGUAUCGAAUGAUAUUAUUUCAUCACCAACACCAUCAAAUUCAAAUCCAAAAAGUCGUAUACCUGUACGAACAAUGCCAAUGACUAUCAUUAAAAAAUCUUCAGCAUGA